UGAGCGGCGAUCCUGUUGUCUCGCUCUCUUCCUUCUUUCACGGGAAAGCGGAGACUAACAGCUUAUUCAUCCUCGUCAUCAUCAUCAUUGUCAUCAUCAAUGCAAACCCUUUCUAUUCCUUCUUUUUCACUUCUCUCUCAUGUGAAUGCUCUUCCUCUUUAAUCUUUUUCCUUUUUAACUUUGCAUCCAUGGAAAUGAUAACUUCCUAUGUAAGCCUCGUUAAUAGUACGAAAUUCUAUUAUAAUGUUGUGGUGGCUUCAAGUUUUAUCGAUGUACGCUUUAACAUGACAAUUCAUGGUUGAUUUUGCAUUGCAGCUGAUAUUUUUAGUUGAAAUUGAGUUCUGCCGAUUUCCUCUUACCUGCUUUUGCAUGUUCCCCGCCCAUUUCCCGUGAAUAAAUAAAGCUUAUCUAUGAUGGAGAAGAAGAAGUAUCCGAUUGGACCAGAGCAUUACACUCUCUAUGAAGAGGUGGGCCAAGGUGUGAGCGCUUCAGUGCAUCGUGCCCUGUGUGUACCUCUAAAUGAGAUUGUGGCGAUCAAGAUUCUUGAUUUUGAGCGAGAUAACUGUGAUUUGAAUAACAUUUCGCGUGAAGCACAAACCAUGAUUUUGGUCGAUCAUCCUAAUGUUCUUAAAUCACAUUGUUCCUUUGUUAGUGAUCACAACCUAUGGGUUGUCAUGCCAUAUAUGGCUGGUGGUUCUUGUCUUCACAUACUAAAGGCUGCAUAUCCUGAUGGUUUUGAGGAGGUAGUUAUAGCAACUGUAUUGCGUGAGGUAUUAAAGGGUUUAGAGUAUCUCCACCAUCAUGGUCACAUACAUCGAGAUGUCAAAGCUGGAAAUAUUCUUAUUGAUGCACGAGGUGGAAUCAAGUUGGGAGAUUUUGGUGUUUCUGCUUGCCUUUUUGAUUCAGGCGAUAGGCAACGCAUGAGGAAUACAUUUGUGGGCACACCUUGUUGGUAUGUACUGCUGAUGACUUUGCAAAAUGCACCACCUGGCCUUGACUAUGAAAGGGAUAAAAAGUUCUCUAAGUCUUUUAAGCAGAUGAUAGCCAGCUGCUUGGUCAAAGAUCCUUCAAAAAGGCCUUCCGCACAGAAGUUGUUGAAGCAUUCAUUUUUCAAGCAGGCUAAAUCAAGUGAUUAUCUAGCGCGGAUGCUUUUGGAGGGGUUGCCUGCCCUUGGUGAUCGUAUGAAAGCAUUGAAGAGAAAGGAAGAAGAUAUGCUUGCACAAAAGAAAAUGCCAGAUGGACAGAAAGAGGAAAUAUCACAGAAUGAAUAUAAACGAGGCAUAAGUGGUUGGAAUUUCAAUCUUGAAGAUAUGAAGGCUCAGGCUUCCCUGAUCCAAGAUGGUGAAGAUUCUGUAUCUGACAAUAAUCAAGGAGGGAGCUCAAAUUCUUUGGCUGCACUAGAUACACUGGAAAAGCAACCAGAAUGUCAGGAAGACAAUGAUCAUCUAUAUACUCAGCCAGUUUUGCCACCAGUAACUGACCAGAAAAUAGAUAUUAAAAAAUUGGACAAAUCUGAUGAUGACUCCGGCAUUGCAAGUCCCUGUGAGCAGCACAUGAAUUCUUCAUCUAAUCAUGAUGAUCAUGCUGAUAAUAAUCUGACUGAAAGGACUACUUUUGAGGUCAAUGGAGGAUCUUCAGAUUGCAUAGCUGUUCCUUCUCAGUCUAGGACAGGAGUUUCAGUAGGCACUUCUAUUUUGCCAGAAAGUAGCAUAUCUCCAGUCAAAGUAGAGAGCGACAAGCGACCAAGUCAACUACAAAAUGUUCCAGUCUGCAAUGGAGCUGCAGCUCCACCUGCAGGAGAUGAAGUACUUCCGGAGCUUCCUUCUAAACAAUCUAAAUUAUCGGUGAAUAGUGACGAACUUGAUGACAAAUCAAAGCCACCAGUUGUUCAGCAAAAGGGGCGUUUUAAAGUUACAUCUGAAAAUGUUGACUUGGAAAAGGUGGUUCCAUCUCCAAUACUACAAAAGAGUCACAGCAUGCAGGUGCUUACCCAACAUCCUGCGAGUUCACUGCCAGCCACAACAUUUUCAUCUGAUGCUACAUCAUCGACUUUUUCCAACUCAUCUCUUUUACCAAUGUUGAAUGCUAUUUUGCAGACAAAUAUUCUUCAGAGGGAAAAUAUUCUUUAUUUAAUGAAGCAAAUCUCUACGAGUGACUCCAUAGUCAAUCUUUCAGUUGAUGUGGGAUGCAUGCCGCCAAAUGCAGUUGGUGCAGAAAAGUCUUUGCUGGAAGCAGCCCAUGAUAGGGAGAAGGAAUUACUUCAUGAAAUAACGGAGUUGCAAUGGAGGCUCAUAUGCGCCCAGGAAGAGCUCCAAAAAUAUAAAACAGAAAAUGCGCAGGAGUCGGAAUCCCGUAAAAGGAGAUGGAGGAGUAGAUUGAGUUGCCAGUCAGCGGACAUUGUUAAGUGAAACGUCAACGUCCCCGUGGAAUCAUUUGUAUUAUAGGGUUUUGAUGGAUUAGUAGGGCAAAAACAAGUUUAAUUUGUCUGAUUUCAUGGAUUAUUUUAUUGGCACACUAGAUUUUCAUAUGUUAGUUUUGACCAUAAUUCUUAUACAGUAGAGCCGUAAGAUUAGGCAUCCCCCUCCAUAAGUUUGCUUGUCUUGUACAUAACUUUGUCCUAUAUUGAAUUUGGUUAUAGUAAGGAAAAA